AUGGACUCACCACCCCAGCUUGUCUCUCCAUGGAAGGUGGCCUGCUUCAAGGAUGGUCCGGAGGCCACGACCCUCGAUGACUUUCGUAUGCUUCUCGAGCACGCUUACAAAGAUGAUCCUCUGCAGAUCAUUAUCGACCUCAAUCGAUGGGCCGAUACUCCCCCUGUUCCACUCACUGGGACGAGGAUGACGGACAUUACCAGCUUUUUGUUCGAGCAGUUCCAUCUACGUCGAACGCAUGAGCUGGUCUUCCUCUCUGACCCGCGAGCACCAGAGCCCAAGCUGACUAACGUGGUCUGGGGUGACAAUCCGCCCGACGAUCCAUAUGUACUUGGCCAAUUCUACUGCCCUGUCACUGGCCUUCCUCUCGGCACUCUCGAAAACCUCGUCAUCAUGUUCGGCACUUUUGCACACACAGGUCGAAUCAACAACUUCUUCAGGAAUUGCACUAACCUGCGAUUCAUGACGAUCUGGUCGAAUACCACCCCCAGAAGCACACGAAGGCUCAAUAUGCCACCGAACGCAUCCAGUAUCAAUCCUAUCAAUUUGAAAAAGCUGGUUCACGCGGACCUCACGCUUUCCUUCGCUCGAUGUAUCGAGGAGAUGCGCUUCCAAAUGCCGGCACUUGUGCAUCUCCCAGUGGUGUUGGACGACUCGUCCUCGCCCGCCGAGCACAUGAUCUUUUCCUUCGCUCGAAGCAUCAGGAUCGCAAAGCUCGCAGGUGCAUACUCCGACGAACACCUAGAGACCUUCGUCCGAAACCACUGGAACGUCGAAGGCCUCGUGCUCGACUGCUGCCCCGUCGGGGCAGCAUUCGUCGACUUUCUCACCAGUCCCUCGCUGCACGCGAGGUACUUCGCCCUCAACCUCACCCAUCUUUCGAUUCGCGCCAGCUCGAUAGGAGACAGCAACGUGCUCCGGAUCUGCCAGCAGCGGGAGAGGCUGCAGAUAUGGCUCAUCGAUUGCCCGAACACGAGUGUGGGGCUAGGGGCACAUCAGACGAAUGGGAGGGUGACGAGGCAUGCUGGGCAGGAAGAGUUCUGGAAGGCCAGGGAGGCAAGUGGGAAUCCCGAUUAUCCCCUGCCGAGGAUGGAUGCAGGCCUCCAAAGGGAGCUGUAUAUGACGGAGCCCGAGCUGUAG